AUGCCAAGACUUUAUACACGCAGGUUACGCAUAAACGCAUUCGAUUCACCAACAGCUACAUCCUCAUUACGUAAAAUCAAAGUUGGAAAUGAUGGCAUACCGAAUUCAUUUACAGAUGUUGUAUCGAAAAGCAGCGAUUUAUUGCUUCAGUUUGAUCCACCUGCUAAUGCAUGGUUAUUUUUAUUAUCGCUGCCAGUUAUCGGUCAUACAAAUAGCAAUAAACGGCAAGAUGGGAAUUUUCAAAUUGCUUUUGCUUUGUUUACAUCAAUGGUCUGGCCUGUUGAUGAUCACAUUGUGAAAUACUGUGGCACUUCAUUUAAAAGUCACUAUUCAGUUGAAAUGUUAAAAUCACUUGGUUAUGUCUUCACUGAUAAAUAUUUGAAAUCAAAAAUUAUUCAAAAUUCAUUUCUAACAAUUGAAAAGCGUUCAAUAGAUGAAUUCUAUGAUUAUUGUUGUUUAAUUCGAAGAUCUUUACGAGAAAAUCAUUGCUUUCAUCUUGAUGAUCUCAUUAUGUCAAAUAUUAUGAAUAAAAAUGAAGCAAGUAGUACACUAAUCGAUAUGAAACCUUCGAAUGAUUGUUUUUUUCUCAUUCAAUCGAUCAUUCUUACUCCGAUGCGCAUUAUUCUCAAUCCGCUUAAUAAAGAAAUUGGUAAUCGAGCAUUACGUUUACGAGGCGUGAAAAAUUAUAUACGAGUCUAUAUUCGAGAUGAAAAUGAGGAAAUGUUAGAUAAACUUGAUUCAUACGUUCGAUUACGCGUCAAACAAAAAAUGUUAACCGAUGGUUUAUUAUGUAUGAAUCGAAUCUAUUAUUGUGUUGGUUCCUCAACAAGUCAACGAAAAAACUUUUCUUAUUGGUUCACUACACUGUAUGAUGGAGAAACAAUUGAUCAAGUUCGAGCACAGUUUGGUGAUUUUACUGCAAUUAAAAACUUAGCGACUUAUGUCGCCAGAGUUGGUCAAUACUUCUCGACAUCAUCGCCAACUGGUAUACGCUUAAAUUAUAUCGAUACAAAGGCAGUUAGAAUCAGAAUACCAGAAUCUGGGCAGUCUGAACUGAUUUCAUCAUCUGAUGGAUUCUUGAUGCGAAUUCUUUCGUGGAUAAAACCAACUACAAUGAAAAAUGAACUUCAACAGAAAUAUACUGUGUUCAUUAUUAGAGAUAUAAAAGAAAAUAAUUAUUGUUUUACUGAUGGAUGCGGUUUUAUAUCAUUGGGCUUAGCUCAAGAAGUUUCAGAAAAAAUCGGUCUAUCAGUUAAACAGCUGAGUGACAUACCGUCAGCAUUUCAAAUACGCAUGGGUGGAUGUAAGGGAAUGUUAGCGAUUGACCCAGAAUCUAACGAUAAUGAUUAUUAUAUCAAAGUUCGAGACAGUAUGAUGAAGUUUUCUAGUAACGAUUGGACAUUGGACAUAUGCGAUUAUUCUCGACCAAUGUUCUUAAGUUUAAACAAUCAAAUUAUACGUCUUUUGAGUGAUCUAGGAAAUGAAAUUGCCGUGUUUGAAUCACUUCAAUAUCGAAUGUCAAAACCAGCUCUAUGGCAUGCACCUGAGAAUGCUUGUUUAAACGUAUUUGACUCGGAAUUAGCGCAUCAUCAGCAAUCACGUUAUCUGAACGCGUAA